UAACACUAAUAUUCUGUAGCCAUGUAGGUAGCAAGCAGAAGACCACUUCGUAGGAGAUUGAUGAGAGAAUGGAAGAUGACAUUUUCGCAGCGGUCGCAGUAACAGCCUCCUCAGAAACCGAGCAACCUGGCCAACUGCCCAGCUCCGCGGACCUAGCUGUACCCCACUCUGUGCUCCUGCCUCUUGUUUCAGUUUAUAAGGUUCUCGUCCAACACUUCAACUUAGCCCAUCUUAUAUUCGAGGAGUUUUGUGCUGCUGUAACGCAUCAUGAUCACAGCAGUAUUGUGAGUGAUGUUCAUGUGGCUCUGCUCGAUGAGCUUAUUGCUAAGGACGUGGAACAAUCCUCAUCUUAUAACACCUACGAUCUGCUGAGCUUAGAGGAGCUUGAUGAAGUCACGUGGCCCUGUGCACUGAGACUAUACCUUCAGCGCAGUAGGAGUGCAGCUACAUUCACCGGGGAUUACUACACUUUGCCAGUCGAGAAGAGAGUUGAAAUUCUCCUUUACCUAACGAGAUAUGUGCAUGAAUUCGACGAAAAAGCACCAUCGAUAUACAACUCCAGUUCACUUGGCACAGACUCUGAAGGAGCUACUUACUGGUUUGUUCUACGCAGGCUCAUCCUUCACUCCAGUAGUGAAGGUACGCGGUACUACAGCAGCAAGGACAGAUUAGACGAAAUUAUCCUUAAACUUCAGUCAGGCACUCCAGAGGAUACCAAUGUGCACGAUGCGAUAAAACAAAACUAUUUCGACUACGUAGAGAGGAUGAACGAAACACUGGUUGAUAUUGUGUUUUCCUAUAAAACCACACAAACCAGAACACUUCAGUCACCCACAAAAUACUCUGGUAUAACAUACGGAGAUCAGCAGACCAGCACAGUACUAAGGAAGGAUGUCGAGAGUAUGCCCCUCACCUCACUCCUCUCACUCUUCCAACAAGCUACCGACGACAACUUCACUUUCGGAGCGGACAAGCUCUAUCUCAAGUACAAAGGUAAGUGUAACAGCUACAAGCUGACGGCCGCCCUAUCCAACAAGCUCAAACAGACCAGUUCAACUGUUAGAGAGCAGCUCUCCUGGAAAUCUUCUUCUCCAGACCAGGUUAAACUACUGAGAAACACGCUUCUCAACAUGUCGAGUAACAUCCCUAAGUACUUCAUGCACGACGCGUGGUCCAAACGGCGCAGUGCCUGGGAGAAUGCGCUUCUCAAAGCAGGAAAUGCACACCAUCUCGCUGCCUGUCUUGCAUUCCUGGAGUCGCAUAUCAGACCCGUUAUAUUCGCUCCUGAUUGGACCAAGUUAGAAGAGCCAGCAAAGGAAGAAACUGAAGAAGAAACUGAAAAAGAAACUGAAAAAGAAACUGAAAAAGAAACUGAAAAAGAAACUGAAAUGGAUACUGAAACGGAACCUGUUUCUACUGAUACCCCAACUGUCAGUACUUCGGAAGAGGACAAACCCACUGACGAAGGGUUCGACGAAGAAAUCAAACCUUUGGACGAAGAAAUGAAAGACGUUGAGGAUUCAAAACCCGCAGCUGAAACUGAAGAUCAAGCAGCUGUAGAGGAGACAGAAGAAGCAAAGGAAGAAACAAAGGAAGAAACAAAGGAAGAAAAGCAAGAAGAAAUCCCUCCUCCGGCAGACACACCAGAAGACAUCGAACCCUCUCCCUCCAACAAAAGGAAGAGCCCUAGAAAAAUUACAAAGAUUUCUAUGGAUGGUGAAGAAUACAGGAAAAAUAACGGUAUUGGUUGGACGUACGAGAGCAAAAGUUCGUCAGGUCAUACUGGAUCACGUGACAAGGCCAAGAAAUGCGAUCGUCUGACUCGAGUUGUCAACAAACUCCAGUGCACAAAGGGUAGCUCGAUAGAUUCUCCUUCCAAACGAGUAAUCUCGAUGCCACACGGUUUCAAGAAGAUAGUGGGUCCUGACGGUAAGGUGAUGUUCGCUCUGCCACCCGGUGCUAAAAUAAUCCGACAAAAUAGCGUCACCAAGGUGAUAAUGUCAGCGAGUAGCCUGACAACUGGCUCUCCCACUGCGGUACAAGUAAUCCCCUCAGACAACAAGGAAAACAGGUCACCUUCCGACAAUAGCCAGAGGAAUAUCGUUCUUUCCAAAGAGGUAGUGCAAACACUGCUGAAGCGUCCAGAACUCAACAUCAAAGGAAACGUUACGCUUAAACGACGUCAAGUAGCGCCCACGGUUAAACCCGACGAUCCCGCACAACUUCUUCAGCGACUUUUCCAGAGUUGGAACUCUCAGAACACCCCUGAUAUUAAGAGUCACAGUUUACCGGAGAGAAAGCAACGAAAACUGGGACGAACCGCAGGUACAACCAUGUUACACGGAUAUUUGUACGAUACGAGCAACGCAUUCUGUGUAGCUAACUCGCAGAAUAUGUGGAGAAUGGCACUUAGGAAGAGCUGUGAUAUCGCUGAUAUCGGCACAUUGAUAUCCAUGUUACAUUCCCACAUAAUUUGGCCUGAACUGAGGUCUCUGACAGUCCUGACAGAGAAUCAGUAUAUCUGUGAUGAAAGCACAUUCGUGCAGCGGAUUAUUGUGGAGAGUCGCCAAGAUAAAAACAAUGAACUGGCCAAGCAAUACAAGAUCGUUGUGAUGAAACAAAAACGAAAUGAUGAAGAGUUGCAAGAGAUUCCAAGUGCUUCCAUCAAGACAGCUAUGUUGGAAUUGGACGAAGGGAUCCACGACAUAUGGGUAUCUGAAGAUAUGGUUACCUUGGGUGAGGCCUAUACUUAUCUCUAUAACCAGGAGAAACUGAAGUCUAUCGAAUCUGCUAAAAUUCUGGAAGAAAAGAAGAAAGACGCUGCCAAGAGUGAGACAGAUUCUUUGUUACCCAGAUGGCAGGGAGAAGAGUCUGCUGACAAGAAAUACUAUGUUGAUUCUGAAAUAUCAACUGUAGUACGCAGAGUACUCACCAACAUUUUGGACAGAGUGGAAAUGGAGGACAUGCGGGAGAAAGAGAGGAAAGGAAAGAGAAAGAAGGCAAAGAAACCUUUGGGUAGAAUGCCAGGGAGGAGUGCAGAUGAGAAGGAACAGAUCAAAUACUUUGGAAAACUUGACAUUCUUCUCGGCCGCAGAAAGGAACAACUGAAGAAAACGUUCUUCAAGAAGAGACAGUACCUUGCUCACAAGAUCAGGGAAGAGAUCAAGUUUGAGGAAGAAGAAAACAAGAGAAUUGCAGACAAGAUAAUGAGGGAAGAAGAGGAAGAAAUGGCCCAGAAGAGGAAAAAGACACAGGAAGCUGACAGACGAAAGAAAGAUAAGGAAAAGAAGAUCAGGAAAGCCCAAGAGAAGAUCGAGAAGAAAUUACUACGUCUUCAGAAAAAUGUGGACGACAUGAAGGACACGAGUGUUGCAAUGAAGAAACCCAAAUCUCCUGGCCGACCGUCCUUCAAAUCUCCUGGUCGACCCUCGUUCAAAUCACCUAAAGCGAAGAAGGGUUCCAUCAGAAUAGAACCACAGUUGAUUAAACCUGUGUACAAGAACAAAUUACAGCCCAAGACCAAGUUCAAAUUCCCACCUAAGAAACCUGUGGUUAAAAAAUCGUCAGGAAAAAUGUCCCUAACCCCAACUAUUGCCAGAGUAUCAUCAUCACCAGUCUCAAAACCCGGCCCUAAAUCCAGAAUCAGACUGCCCCCACUAGACAAACCAAAAGAUGUGGAGAAGAUCCUAGGCAAACGAAAAUCUAAACCCGCCCGACCAGGUACAGCAAAGAGGCUCUGUGUGGAAAUCACCCCCAUAAAACUCUCCAAACGAAAGAGGGAAGCCUUGGAACAACGGCUGAACAAAUACCAGCGUUCCAUUGCUAGAAAACUUACUUCAAACGAUAUUUCACAUCCUACUAUUGACUUUGGUGCUAAGAAGAGGCCGACUCUGAAGUUGAAACAGAAGAGUCCAAGUGCAGGUAGAUAA